CCCAGGUGGCCAGAAGGACCUCGCAAGCCAUGGCCGUCGCAGCCCAGGCCCGGGUCGCGCACUUGCUGAGGCAACUGCAGCGCGCAGCAUGCCAAUGCCCAACUCACUCUUACACUUACUCCCAAGCUCCUGGACUUUCACCUUCUGGAAAAACUACAGAUUAUGCCUUUGAGAUGGCUGUUUCAAAUAUUAGGUAUGGAGCAGGAGUUACAAAGGAAGUAGGCAUGGAUCUACAGAACAUGGGGGCUAAAAAUGUUUGCUUGAUGACAGACAAGAACCUCUCCCACCUCCCUCCUGUACAAGUAGUCAUGGAUUCACUCGUGAAGAAUGGCAUCACUUUUGAACUUUACGAUAAUGUGCGGGUGGAACCAACGGACACAAGCUUCAUGGAUGCCAUUGAGUUUGCCAAAAGGGGCGCGUUUGAUGCCUAUGUUGCUGUGGGGGGUGGCUCCACCAUGGACACCUGUAAAGCUGCUAACCUGUACGCGUCGAACCCUCAGUCGGAGUUCCUUGAUUAUGUUAAUGCCCCCAUUGGGAAGGGAAAGCCUGUAUCUGUACCUCUUAAGCCUUUGAUUGCAGUCCCAACUACCUCAGGAACUGGGAGUGAAACUACUGGGGUUGCCAUUUUUGACUAUGAACACUUGAAAGUCAAAACUGGCAUUGCUUCACGAGCCAUCAAACCCACACUGGGAUUAGUUGAUCCUCUGCACACGCUCCACAUGCCUGGUCAGGUGGUCGCCAACAGUGGUUUCGAUGUGCUUUGCCAUGCCCUGGAGUCCUACACUGCCCUGCCGUACCACAUGCGGAGCCCCUGCCCCUCCAAUCCCAUCUCUCGACCAGCGUACCAGGGCAGCAACCCAAUCAGUGACAUUUGGUCAGUCCAAGCACUGCGGAUCGUUGCCAAGUAUCUGAAGAGGGCUGUCAGGAAUCCUGAUGAUCUUGAAGCAAGGUCUAACAUGCACUUGGCAAGUGCUUUUGCUGGCAUUGGUUUUGGAAAUGCUGGUGUUCAUCUGUGCCAUGGGAUGUCUUACCCAAUUUCAGGAUUAGUGAAAACAUAUAAAGCAAAGGACUACAAUGUGGAUCACCCACUAGUGCCUCAUGGCCUUUCUGUGGUGCUCACAUCCCCAGCAGUGUUCACAUUCACGGCAAAGAUGUUUCCAGAACGGCACUUAGAGACGGCAGAAAUAUUGGGAGCUGAUACCCGCACUGCCAAGAUCCAAGAUGCUGGGCCUGUAUUGGCAGACACACUCCGGAAAUUCCUAUUUGAUCUAAAUGUUGACAAUGGCCUGGCUGCCAUUGGCUACUCCAAAGCAGAUAUCCCAGCACUGGUGAAAGGAACACUACCCCAGGAGCGGGUCACCAAGCUUGCACCCCGCCCCCAGUCGGAAGAGGAUCUGUCUGCAUUGUUUGAAGCUUCAAUGAAACUGUAUUAAUUGCCAUUUUAACUGAAAUAAUUACGAUUGGCCUUUGUAAUUCUGAGAGAAAAAAAAAGUUGAUCUGGCUAGAGCUCUGUCUUUUCAAACCUCCACACUCAACUUUUCCUGUUACUAGUUUGGACAAAAUAUAAAUUUAUCCUAUAGGAGUUUCCCUGGUGUUGUAAGUUUUAUUUUCAUAAAACAGUGUAGACAAAAACUUACUACGUCAGACCCAGAGCCAGAUGUCAAGGAUCAGUGGUCUUCUGCCAAACCCCACAGAAUACUCUGCUUCUGCUCAAUGUAUAUCAAAUGGGCAAAAAUCUAGUAUCCAUCAGAUAUGUAAAUGUUCAUAUUCUACACCUACACCCAAUAACUGCAUGCCUAGAAAUUUAAUUUACAGAAGUACUAGCCUAAGUAUGUAAAGAAACAUGACAAAGAGUUUCUGGCAGUACUUUUCCAAAUAAUAAAAAUUGAAACAACCUAAAUAUUCAGUAAUAAUAUUUGGAUAAAUAAAUGAGAAUAUAUUAAACGGUGGAUUACUGUGGUGUCAAUAAUAAAGAUGAUAUUAACUCUGUUGGAGAUUCAUCAAUUAUAAAAAGACAUUGGCCAAAAGUGUUGCAGAAAAAUUGUAUGUUAAUAUGGUCUGAUUUUUAUUUCAUCUACUAUUUACAAAUAUAUGUCUACAUAUAGAAAAAAGUGCUCAUCAGUACAGUAAAAGUUAUUACUAAAGAGACAGAAUUUGGAGUUUUUAGAAUUAAGAGAAAAUGUUCACUUUAUAUUUUGUACCUUUACUUUAUAUUUUGUAGAUGUGUAUCAUUUGGAUUGGUUAAAACAAGCUAUUGUUCAUUUUUUAAAAGGCAGAGGGGUGGGCAUAUAGCUCGGUGUGGAGCACUUGCCUAUUGGAUGCAAGGCUCUGACUUCAGUCUCAGUACCACAAAAAGAUAAAAUAAUAAAAGGAGAAGGAAAAUAUCAUUUUAAUGUUUCAUGUCAGAUUCAUCUAAUUUUAUAAAAAUACUAGCAACUAAUAUUCAGAAGGCAAAAUCAAAUCUGAAGAGGUAAAAUAUUGAAACCAAUUCUGUAGUAAACAAAUUAUUCUCUUGAAAAAAACACUAGCAUCCUAAAUGAUAAUAAAGCUCUCUUUGGAAACAUUUAUCUAGUGCUCAGAGUAAGUAGAUUCAAAAGCAAACAGAAUUGCUCUAUGCAGAUGCAGAUGUAGUAGCAAGUACAAUGGCAAAUUCCAAAGAUGCUGCCCAAAGGAAAAAGUGGUUCUGGAAAAGUGGGGGAAAAGGGGAGCAGCCCCUGGGAGUGACAGUGCUGACAAGAAGGCUCAGGGCCCCAAAGGUGGUGGCAAUGCAGUAAAGGUCUGACGCAUUCCAUGUGAAAAACACAGCAAAAUUAUGGAAGCCAUGAAAAAGUUAAAGUCCAGGAUGAGAUUCAGUGAAGU